CAGGUUCCGUGUCCCCGAGGCAAGCUCUUCUCUGUGGCCGCCACUUGGGGGCGGGGGGAGGCGGAGCUCGGUGCUGCAGCAUGCAAUCCAGGCCGCCCGCCUUCCGGGCCAGGUGGGGGCCGGUCGCCAGGCUGAGAUCGGCGGGAGCCGGUGGGCUGUCUUUGAGCUGGGUCAGCGCCACUGUCGAACCUAAGUGAGGAGGCACGGGGAAGGGCCCAAGAGGGCCCUCGGGCGUUGGAGGGGGCUUCGCGGACGAGAGCUGGGGGCCCCGCUCGCCAUGGGGGAGGUGGAGAUCUCCGCCCGGGCCUACGUGAAGAUGUGUCUGCACGCCGCCCGCUACCCGCAUGCCGCUGUCAACGGGCUAUUGCUGGCGCCCGCGCCGCGGUCGGGAGAAUGCCUGUGCCUCACCGACUGUGUCCCCCUGUUCCACAGCCACCUGGCCUUGUCUGUCAUGCUGGAGGUCGCCCUCAACCAGGUGGAUGUGUGGGGCGCGCAGGCCGGGCUGGUAGUGGCAGGGUACUACCAUGCCAAUGCAGCUUUGGACGACCAGAGCCCUGGGCCCCUGGCCUUGAAAAUCGCUGGGCGGAUUGCAGAAUUCUUUCCUGACGCAGUACUCAUUAUGUUGGAUAAUCAGAAACUGGUGCCCCAGCCUCAUGUGCCCCCAGUUAUCGUCCUGGAGAACCAUGGUCUCCGCUGGGUCCCCAAGGACAAGAACUUAGUGAUGUGGAGGGACUGGGAAGAGUCACGGCAGAUGGUGGGAGCCUUACUAGAGGGCCGGGCCCACCAGCACCUUGUGGACUUUGACUGCCAUCUUGAUGACAUCCGGGAGGACUGGACCAACCAGCAGCUCAACGUCCAGAUCACCCAGUGGGUUGGUUCCACCAGUGGAAAGACCUGAGCCAGGGCCAGAGGGGAGGCCCAGGAUUCAAUAAAGAGACUUGGGCUGUUGGGCAA